UGCGGCUGUCAUGGCGGUGCCGGGCUCCGGGCCGUGGAGGGCCCUGCUGGCAGGGAGAGCCAGGAAACGGAGAAGUUCCUUUGGAAGCGGAGCAGAGCUUCAGGCAGCAGUGCUGCGCCUCCUGGAUCACCAUCAGAACCUGAACGACUUCCUCCUGGAGGUGCAAGAUUCAGUCAAGCCAGCUGGAAAGGAUGGCGCAGAGCACCAGGAAGCACCAUCAGAAUCCUUUUUAGUCUCUGUUCUGCAGGAACAGGCCUCAAGGUUGGGUGUGCCCACAGCAAUACUGUCAGCCAAAAAUGUGGUUACCAACAUUGAACGGAUCUGCCAGGCUUCUGCGAGCCCCUCUACAGUCCCACUGCUGAACCUGGACCAGAGAGAGCGGUUGUCUUCCUUGCUCCAAUCAGUCAAGGAUUUGCUGGAAAACAAUGUGUUCUCUCGCUCUUUCUUCUGUCAAGAAAUGUGGAAAAUGAAGGACCCUCCAGUGCUGGAAGCUGUGUGGCACCUGUACAGAGGCGAUGUCAUUGGACUGGGACAGCUGCUGGAGAGCAACCCAUCUGCCCCUGAUGCAGUGGAGUGGCUGUGCAGUGGCCUCUGUGCCCUCUGUGAACAGGCAGUGGAGUCCUCUGGGGACAUGGAGCUCGCUGGACACAUUCUCUCAGACUUUGCGAUCAUGUUUCUUCAGAAUGGCUUUCAGCAAAACUUGGAGCUGGGAAAGAAGAUGGAAUUCAAGAAGGUCCCCAAUAUCUGUCAUGCUGUCUUACAAAGAAUGUUGACAUGGGUGCUUGAUGCUGUUGGUAAAGAGAAGCAGGAAGAUGUUUCCACUCUGCAAGCUAGGAGGUUCUGGCUGAAUGUGUUCAGUGUGUCACUUUAUAACAGUGCAGUUCAUCCGGAUUCCUUGCAGCAGUUUUUCAGACACACCCUGAUCGAGGUCCUUACCUACAACCCAUUGUUGAAAGUGUCUGAUGCCAUCCACAUGCAGAAAGAGUGGAGCUUUACAAGAACCUGUUCACUGCUCACUACCUUGUAUCGCAAACUGUUUGUGGCAUUCAGUCCAAAGGAGUCAAUCUGCCAGCUGCAGCAAGUGCUGGAGACUCAUGAAGUGAACUGGCAGCAUGUUCUGUCCUGUGUUUCCACACUGGCAGUCUGUCAUGCUGAGGCUGAGCAGCUCUUCAAAGAUCUACUGAGCCAUCUUCUGACAAAGGCCUUUGGGAAUUAUGACGUGGAAAAUAUGAUCACAGCAUUCCUGAUAGCUCGGCAGGCUGCUCUAGAGGGCCCUGCUGUGUUCAUGCCUUACUCUAAAUGGUUUAAGGCUUCCUUUGGGAACGCUGGAAGUCACCACACGAGCAGUAAGAAAGCUCUGGUCUUCCUCUUUGAAUUCUUGUCAGAGCUGGUGCCCUUUGAACCAGCACAGUACCUGAAGGUCCAUAUAAUGUACCCACCUUUUGUGCCAUCGAAGCAUCGGUCUGUUCUCUUGGAGUACAUUGCUUUGGCUAAAACCAGACUGGAUGACCUCAAGGUUGCUAUAGAAGAUAUGGGGCUCUACGAAGACUUGUCAUCCAGAGAUGAGUCUGUGCAGCCCCAGGGCCAGGCACUUCAUGAUGUUGAAAAGGCCCUUCAGAUAUUUGAAAACACAAGGAAGAUCCCAACAUCUGUGAUAGAAGCCAGUAUUUUCAGGCGACGGUAUUAUACUUCCUGGUUCCUUCCUGCUUUGCUCAGGCCACGCGUGCUCCCUAAAACCCCAGAUGUGCUCAUGGCUUUUAUAGAUUCUUUAAAGAGAGCUGAUAAAAUACCCUCCAACUUGUACUCGACAUACGUGCAAGCCUGUGGUGCUAUGAAAAAGAAAAUGUUACAAGAUGGGUCUCAAGCAGGGACCAGCCAUUCCAAAGAGCCUGUGGAGCAGCUGAAGGCUGACCUGGCUGAACUAAGAGUGCUGAUUGUGGAGCAGGCUAAGCAGGAAGAUGUGCUAGCACAGAUUGCAGUGGUUUCCGAUAGACUGGCAAGAGUCUUUUGUCACAGCAGUGAUGAGAGUGAAGCUGCUGCUUUGCAUUCUCCAAUCCAAAUUGACAUUUCUGCUCCCAGGCUGGAGGCCUGCCAUCAGAGUGUUGUUGAUCUUCUGCUGACAUCAUUCUGCCAAAACCUAAUCGCUGCUUCCUACUUUAAUGCUCCUGACAGGCAGGGACCAUGUCUCUCCUUGUUUGUGAAGAUGAUGUGUGGACACAGGAAUCUCUUACCUUCGCUUCUGGGCAGGCUCUGCCAGCUUAUUUAUCAUCAGGGUCCUUCCCUGAAUAAUGCUCAUAUUUUAGGACUAGCAGCUUUUGUGGUCCACUUAAGUGAAUCCAGAGCUCUCAUUCCUGAAGUGCAAGUCAAUUUUGGGAUUUCUCAGCCUGUUCCUGCAAAGCUCCUUUCCCUUGCUGAGUUCUGGAACUGCUUGUUAGAGUGCAGGACGGAAGAAUCGUUUGCCUUCUGCAUGAGGUUUUGCACUGCAGCAGUAUCUUACUUUAUGUGCAAGUUUUCAUCCUGCUCUCAUGAGGAUUUAUGUGCCUUACUUCCUCCUACCCUUGUUAAAAAGCUGCAGUACAUUGUGCCACGGCUGAGCUUGGAAGCUCGGGGAAUCCUGUGCAAAGAGGCAAAAACUGACCCACUCUGGAAUUCCCUGUCACAUCCCUCUCUGAACUACAGAAGAGCCAGCCUCUGCUUAUGGAAACAAGCACGCUUUCAAGAGCUCCUGAAGGAAAAAGCAUUCCAGUUAUCUUUCAGAGAGUGGCUGCUAUUGGAGCUGGACGUGUGCUCUGAAAAGGAUAUUCUGUCUGCUUCAGAAAGGCAUGAUUUCCAUUAUUGGGCCAUUUAUCAGUGGUAUCUUCCUGCACCUUCUGCUUCUGGUGGCUGUGAUGGAGACCUGGAGAAGGCAUGUGGCAUUAUUAUCAAUACCAUUCUGGAUUCCUCACAAAGGUUGGACCUGGGUACCUGCAGCCGGUCAAAGACAGCUCUCAAUCCUGAUAUCUUCUGCAAGCUGCAGGAGCUGGUGCUGGAGCUGGGGUGUAGGCAGAGGUUGCUUUCUGACCGCAGCAAGCACUUCCUGUUGGAGAUUCUCCAAGAAAGACUGAAAGACAGAAAACCUGGCUCUGCUUUGGGUGAGCAGUUAUGGAGGCAGCAGGAGCUGCUGCUGCACAGAAGGAUCCUGGUGGGGCUCCCUGCAUCCACCCUGAUCAUAACAUGUCAGAAAGGAAAGAAAACAGUGUUGGACUGUGAAGACUUUUUCCGUUUUGUAAACUCAGAGCUGAAGAACGUCUGUUCCAGAGGGUAUGCACUCUCCUAUGACAUCACUUCUCACUUCUUCAGGGGCCUGCUUAAUGCCAGCUUGGGCUGCAGUAAAUUUGCAGAAGCAAUCAAUGAUGUUCUAACAGCGUGUCAAACUGACUGUCCCAUUGUGCUUUUGUCUGCAGCGCUUUGGUGGCCGAAGCUGGAGCCAGUACUUUGCUCUCAGUGGAAAAGACUCUUUGGAGUUCCACUUGCAGAAGAACUGGAAAGACUGAGGGAAUUGAAGUCCUCAGCUACCAGCUUCCUUUCUUCAGGACUGGCCUUCCCUCCCUCUGAGCCUCCUUGGAUUUCAGCUGCCUUCCUCCAUUGUGCUGUUCAGCAGCAAUCACCACGUGGACAAGACAGAGAGGCACUGAAGAGGCUGGGGACUGACACACAACAGCUUCUUGUUUCUCUACUGUUCUUCUCACUCAUGGAUCUCAUCUCAGCAAAAAUAGCACCAAAGGAAGGAGUGGAUUUUCAGAUGUCUCUGGAAUGGUCCCUGGAGAUCCUGAAGUGCCUGGAAGAGAGGGGUGCAUCCUGGCCACUGCUCUUCCAUUCAGAGAAAGGUGAGUCCUGCUGCCAAGGGUACUGUGUCCUGCGCAGUGCAGCCUCAGACCAUCACAUCAGGCUCCUGCCUCUUGCAUUCUACAGCCUCACCCCAGGCUUUCACCAGGAGCUGCUCACUCGGGAACAGACCUUCCUCUAUGUGGCACUCGAUUUCUACAUCCAGCUGCUUCAGCUCUUUGUGGAAGGGAAGGACCUGCCCCAGCCUGAUCAAGGGGGCCAGAGCUCAGACCCCACAGAGCAUGGGGAUCUCUUGGAGGUGAUCUCCACAGCCCGGCGGUUCCUGCUUGGUGCGAUCCCACACUGCCCUGCUGAAAGCUUUGGGAACAUACAACCGCUACUGGCCACCUGUGAAGAAUUUGACCAAGAGCUGGGAGCCACCCUCUUGCACAUCUUGAGACCCACUGCAGCCAUGGAGCUGGAUGAAGAACUGGUCCUGUUCUGAGACAGGCAAGGUGCCACCUUCCUCACUACUGCUCUUCCUUUCAGAUUACUUUGUAAAUAAUUUAUUACAAGCAUAACCAUGAAGCUUUUGUUACAAUAAAAAGUAGGUUACAAAUUUCAGUUUA